AUAAUAAAAAAAAAAAUAAUUGUAUCAAAUAUUAACUCCGAUUUAUGAUGACUUAUUUAUCCAUUAUUUUUUCUGAGCAGACCAAUGAAGGUGCUAAUCAAAACUCAAAAAAUUUACUUCUGCUGCCUAAUAUUUAUGAAAACUGAAAGCGAAACAUGCGCAAGUGUUAAGAAUUAGAGGUGGCAAAUUCUAAAAAGUUGAAUUUUAUAGUAAUAUUUUCAUUUUUAUUUAUAAUAACCAGUGCAGCAUGAGGAAAAGUGGAAAGCAUGGAACAAAGUUUCUUCCUCUAAGCUCUGCUGAUAUAGCAAAAGAAAAGAUUUUAUUACCUGGUAGGAGGCCAUGUACAUGUGAAGCAACAAAGCAUGCUCUGAUUAAUAAUUGCUUAGAUUGUGGACGUAUUGUGUGCGAGCAAGAAGGUUCUGGUUUAUGUUUUACCUGUGGAAGUGUGGUUUGUACUCCAAAGGAACAGGAAGCAAUUAUUCGACAAUCAAAGACUGGUGUGAAAUUAUACCAAAAAUUUAUGAAUCAAAAAUCUGAGCUAGAUAAUAGAAAAGAAAAUUCAAUUUCCAAUGAUGAAAAGCUUAAGUCUGCUCUUGAACACAGAGAUAAACUUCUAGAAUAUGAUCGUACUGUAGAAAAGAGGACAAAAGUAAUUGAUGAUGAAAAUGAUUAUUUUCAAAUUGACUCAAAAUGGCUGGAUGAAAAAGAAAGAAAAAUUUUGAAAAAGAAAAAAGAAGAAUUAGAUGAAAUAAUGUACAAUCGGCAGAAAAAAAAUUUUACCUUUGACUUUGCUGGAAGAAAAAUUGUUGAAGAAAAGCCCAAUUUUAACAUUGAUGUCGAUGAUUUACUUAAAUCGGAUACUAGCAUAUUUGAAUGCCAAGACGCUUCAACAUUUGAUAUACCUUCUGAUUUACGUCUGGUUUAUCAAGAUGACAGUAACUCUAAUGGCUACAUGCAAUGCUCUGUUAAAGAAGAAAAUAAACGGUUAAAUAUUAGAAUACAAGAUAAAGAUCUUCAAGAAAUGUCAGAUGACGGAUACUGUUUAAGUCUUCAUCAACCAUAUGCUUCUUUAUUAGUUGCUGGAAUAAAAGGGCAUGAAGGCAGAGUGUGGUAUACAAGUUAUCGAGGACGUUUAUGGAUUCAUUCAGCUGGAAAAGUUCCUACUAAACAAGACAUUGAAGAAUUGGAAAAUAUGUAUCGACACAUUCGUGGUAAUUGUGAAUUUCCUAAAACUUACCCCCAUGGCUGUUUGUUGGGAUGUGUUGAUCUAGUUGACUGCUUACCACAGGAUGAAUAUAAAAUUCAAUACCCUGAUGGAGAAAUUGCAUCACCAUAUGUAUUUAUCUGUGAAAAUGCAAAGGAAUUGAGCAUAAAAUUCCCAAUGAAAGGAAAGCAUAAAAUAUUUAAACUGGACAGCAAUAUCCAUCAUGCUGCUAAAAAAACAUUAUUGAAAAAGAUCUAAUGGAAAGAAUAAAGUCUAUUUAUAUAGCAUUUACAAUAAAUUUUUGUAUAUAAGAAAUGUGCAAAAUAAAUUGUUUAGUUAU